CGUAAAGAGGAUUAUGACAUCAAUAACCAGCGCUCUAAUGCAAACACGACCCACUCUUGCAUCACAAUCCAAACAUGCAUUAGGCCCGGUGCAUUUGUCCGGCUUAUCUCUUGCGAAUUGAGUGCGGGAUCUGCGUUGAAUUUCCGCUAGGAAUUUUCCCCGGAGCCGGAGGAACUCUUGGCGGAGCGGAGUAGAACAGAAAGUCUCACCGCAGAGUUGCGCAAGGCUGCCAAGCUCCAGCCCGUGACGCAGAUGAGCGGGAAAAGUGGAUUCAUGCCUUAGAGGGAACAAUUCUCCGUCACACCCUUCAGCAGGAGGCAGAAACAGGGUUUGUUCCCAGCGUUCAGGACUUCGACAAGAAGCUAGCCGAAGCAGAUGCGUAUUUGCAGAUCUUGAUCGACCAAUUAAAACUCUUCGAUGAAAAGAUAAAAGACUGCAAGGAAGAUGAGUCGCGCAGAAAAAUCGAGAACCUGAAGGACACCACUUGUAAUAUGGUAGAGUCCAUCAAACACUGUAUCGUACUGCUACAGAUUGCCAAGGAUCAAAGUAACGAACAGCAACACGCAAACGGACUGAUAAGCACCAUAAACCCAGUGGAUGGGGUAUUCCAGCCUACCCCUCUCAACGCCGCUGUAGUCAGUGCUAGUGCCAUGCCAACGCAGACCACUCUACCCACAGAUGGAGCUCAGGUGUGUAAAGCGGAGCAGAGGCCUUCUUCUUUACCCGUGGGCCCUGUUGUCACGGUGAUGGGCAGCCUUCAGACCCCCACUCCCAACAGCACAGGGAGCGGUCCUUCAGGUCCCAGCAGCAGCGUGACUUCACCCAGUCACAUGAACGUACCGGCUCACACUGUUCCCGACUUCUCCUAUUCCAGCAGCGAAGACGAGUUUUACGACGCAGAUGAGUUUUAUCAGAACAGCACGUCACCAAAACACUGCAUAGAUCCGAGCAGAAGCAGUGCUGUAAACAAUGAAGACAGUACAGCCCUGAAACGGCCAGACACCAACGAAUCCAUCAACUCCUCCAUGUCCAACGGCACCACAGAUGCAGAUCAGUUUGACAGUCAUGAUGAGAAAGAUGAUGACGGUGAGGGUGAAUCUGUGGAAGAGCAUAAAAGUGUCAUCAUGCAUCUGCUGUCUCAAGUGCGCCUGGGCAUGGAUCUCACCAAGGUAGUCUUGCCAACAUUUAUCUUGGAGCGGAGGUCGUUGCUGGAAAUGUAUGCAGAUUUCUUUGCACACCCGGAUUUGUUUGUAAGCAUUGCAGAGCAGCAGGAUCCAAGGGACCGCAUGGUGCAGGUGGUGAAGUGGUACCUGUCGGCCUUUCACGCUGGUCGGAAAGGAUCUGUGGCCAAAAAGCCCUACAACCCCAUUCUGGGCGAGGUGUUUUUCUGUCACUGGGACCUGCCCUCCGAAACAGAGGAUCCUGCUGCUUCUGAGUGUGUGUCAGACGGGCCAGUACCAUGGAGUAGCAAAAACAGUGUGUCGUUUGUGGCAGAGCAGGUUUCUCACCACCCUCCUAUAUCUGCGUUUUACGCCGAAUGUUUCAGCAAAAAAAUCCAGUUCAACGCCCACAUCUGGACGAAAUCGAAGUUCCUGGGAAUGUCUAUUGGAGUCCAUAAUAUUGGUCAAGGUUGCGUGUCUUGUCUUGAAUAUGAUGAGCAUUAUAUUCUUAAUUUUCCCAAUGGCUACGGGAGGUCAAUCCUCACCGUCCCGUGGGUUGAGUUGGGUGGAGAGUGCAAUAUUUCCUGUUCCAAAUCUGGCUACAGUGCCAAUAUAGUUUUCCACACCAAACCCUUCUAUGGAGGAAAGAAGCACAGGAUAACAGCUGAAAUAUUUGCUCCCAAUGAUAAGAAGUCAUACUGCUCUAUAGAGGGAGAGUGGAACGGUGUGAUGUAUUCAAAAUUGGCAACCGGGGAAAAUGCAGUAUUCAUUGACACAAAGAAAUUGGGCCUUAUUAAGAAGAAGGUGCGGAAAUUGGAAGACCAAUUGGAAUAUGAAUCGAGAUGUUUGUGGAAGGACGUGACGAUGAACCUGAAACUGAAGGACAUCGACGCAGCGACGGAGGCCAAACACAGGCUGGAGGAGAAACAGAGGGCAGAGGCCAGAGAAAGAAAGGAGAAGGAGAUGCAGUGGGAGACCAGACUCUUUCAUGAGGACGGCGAAUGCUGGGUUUACGACAAGCCUCUCCUGAAGCGACACUGAGCCCCUUUCCAAAAGCAGAGUCUACAAACAGAACUCUCUCUCGCUCUCUCUUGUCUCUCGCAAAACACUUUUCUUAUUCAGCCUUGGAAUGACUGACGAAUGAACUCUUACAGCUUUGCAUUUUUGAAGUUUGAACGAAUGAAGACAAGAAAACACGAACUUAUCAAUCUAUACAAAACAAAUGAAAAAAAAAGACUCUCCCUGCUCGCUAUAUUCAACACCUCCACCUCUUCACACCACCCCUUGAGGAAGAAAAACACCACAAAACACAAUGAAGACGAGACCUGAAACCCUUUAGCAUCCAACAAGCGAUCCCAGCGGACGUCUAUUUCCCGAGGGGUUGAGGUGUUUUUAUCGAACAAAACUGAAAACUACAGCGUUCUGUAUCUCAGGGAAGCAGCGGACUGAGGAUUGAAGGCUGUAUCCUAAUGUUCGAAAAGCCUUAAUGGUGGAACCACAAAGUAAACACAAGGAGAACUUGGUUCACAUACUGCUAGCUACAGCUAUUUAUAUAUAUAUAUAAAUAUAUAUAUAGAAGAUAUGAUAUAUUCUUGUUUUCAUUUUCUUUCUUUAGGGCAAUAGUAAAUACAUACUUGACGGCAACCAUUCCCUUUAUGUUCCUCUCCACCACCAUCAUCAUCAUCAUCAUCAGCCUUUAUGCAGGUUUAUGCUACAAAAAGCCACAAUUUGGCAUUGACAUUAUGGGGUUGAAAUUUGAGACAAUUUUGCCUUGGUUAUAAUCCAUUCCAGUUUUUUUUGUGUGUGUUUUUGGGAAUGAUUUGAUAUGCUCUAGAGCCUCGGGAAGGCUGUUUUUUUUAUAUAUACAUAUAUAGAAUGCUGCUUGAAUGUCCACAUAAUUUAUCAACUUAGUCUAAAGUUGGACUCUCCGGUAGGAAAUAAUUGUAAUGUUGCACAAUGAAACGAUCCAACAGAUUUGUGCUUAUACAUUUGAGGUUAAGCAACAUUAUAUCACAAAUCGCCCCCCUUACAAAUCUCUUGUUUCUGUGAAAUGUUACGUUUUAAUCUGAAUAAAUAUACGUUUCAUAUAGUGAUGUAUCUCAGAGAUUUGAUUCUGUUCUGUUAUAGUAAAACACAUCAAGAUGUCUUUACUUGGUGUGGUGUUUUCCAGAAGCCAAAUCGAGUUGUAAGCCUUUUUUUUUCCCUGAGAUGCAAAUAGAGGAAAACAUUGCUACUGUUAUAUCUUACACUUGCUCUUCAUAUUCUGUAGUAAAUCUGAGGCCUUGCCAUAUGCAGUUAAGUUCACUUUCGCCUAGUAUUGCUUUCAGGAAGCAACCCUCCAUCCGUCAAUAAAGAAAAAAAAUUGUUGCGUGACAACAAUUGAUUGUACCAGAUUUCCAUGUAUCAAAAUGUAAUAUUAAAUCUCAGUGAGACCAAAUUGUGUGA